UGAGCAAAAGCUAGGCCGUGCGCGCGCGGACAUCGAAGAGGACUUCCCCUUUUUGAAGAUGGAAACGUAUCCGAUUGAAUUUCUCGGUUUUCAGCAUCUUGCGAGAUUUUUGACUCAACUCGAAGUGCUCGCACAUACAACGUAUCGACAGGUCCCCACGAUGCAGAGCGGCCUUCUGUCUUUGCAUCGUCGUGGCCUGGCUUUUCUCGAACAGCGCGAGUCAGGACCGACAAUCCGCGAACGAACAUUGUUGUGUCUUCGAGACGACGACAACUCUCCGAAAUACCUGCCUUUGCCGGGAGACUCCCUACCAAGGUGGCCACAGCUCGGAAGGGAGUCGUUUCGCGACCGCGCCUCCACCGGAACCUAUUCGGACGGCUACCUCGGUUCUACUCCCUCAAGAUGAAGAUGCGAAUGAGUUCGGACGGAUGCCUCGGAUCUACUCCAUCAAGGUGAAGACUCUACUACCUUUUCGUACCAGCCGAGUACAACAUUGCAGAAGUUGUGAAAAGAACACUAAGGUACCUUCCCGCUGGUGGUCAUGCGAAGUCGGGUUUAGGGUUGGUGGAAAAACUCUACUUGGUAGCACGAAAAACAUGCAACUCCCCUCCCAAAAACACAUAAACAACUCUACUUACCCAAAUCCGGUCAUCAACAUGUACUAUGACGAUGAUACCUCAUGAAAAUGAAUGCCCACCUCCUACUUCUCUCAGGAUUACCAUAGCAAUCCUUAAUUAAUAAACCGCAGAGCACCAUGCACAACACCAGUUCGCUUGUCUAUCGCCGCCC